AUGCCAUCGUUUGUCCUCGUCUAUCUCGACCCAUCCCAGCGUGCCGGCGGUGACAUUCGCUUCUCACAAGAGUCGUCGCGUCUCCUAACUGCUGGCGCAUCAAUGGCCACCAACAAUGUACAUGAUAUCCUUCAUGUAAUGGGCGCAAUGAGAACGACUAUGCGUGUAAGUGGCAAGUACUCGUGUCCAAUGUGUAGGGAGGGUGGUCUGGCCACUCAACUGGAUAGUGAGGACAUCAAGGAGCAUAUAUUCCUAUUCCACCCUUCAGAGGACUUCAACGAGAUCGCCAAGAAGAUUCCAAAGUGUCCAAUAUGCAAGGAACAACCAGCACGCAUUGGUUUCCAUCUGUUCAAUGAUCAUGCGCCACCUGGCGCGCACAAUGAGAAGGAGAUGUCACUCAGCACUGUCUACCCUUUCUGUCUUGUAGUGGUGCGACGACGACGUGAUGGAAGAUUCCUUCUUGUGCACGAGGUGGCAAAGAUGGGCUGGUGGCUACCAGGAGGCCGCGUCAACAUUGGCGAAUCACUCCAAACGGCGGCAGUUCGCGAGACCAAAGAGGAAGCCGGUAUCGACGUGGAGAUCAAGGGUAUACUUCGCUUUGAGUACUCGCCACAUCGAGGAUACUCGCGACUACGUCUGAUCUUCUAUGGCGAGCCUGUGGACGAUGAUCAGCUGCCCAAGACUGUACCAGACUACGAAUCACUUGGUGCUGCCUACGUGUCUGCUGACGAUCUAUCCACUCUACAACUACGAGGCAAAGAGCCAAGCAUCUGGUUCAACUAUGUCCACAAUGGUGGUGUUAUCCAUCCCAUUGACAUGCUGUCCUUGGAGAAUGCCAAGCCAUCAAUGCCCACUGUUGUCCCCAAGUGA